CCCAUCUCUCCUCCGCACCACCACCUCCGCCGCUGCCAUGCUCAACGCCGCCGCAUCGUCGUCGUCGUCGUCGUCGUCGUCGUCGUCGUCCGCGGGCCCCAGCCAUGCGGCGACGCUCGACUGGGCCGUGCCGCCGAGCCACUUCCUCGCGCAGCAGGGCGCCUUCAAGCCGCGCCGCGAGGCGUCGCCGCCGCCGCUGCCGGCACAUGCGCUGCCGCUCGCCGAGCUGGCGCAGGCGCUGCCCGCCGGCAUGCCCGCCGCUGCGCUGCUCGGCCCCACGCCGCUGCGUGCGGCGCCCGCCGACGGUGCCAUGCCCGACACGAGCACGGUCGCCGCAGCCGACUUCGACGUCGACGUGCUCAGCGGCUUCCUGCCGCCCGAGGCACCGCUGCGCCGCCUCGGCGGCGAGUACGAGGCGUGGGAGGAGCUGCUCGACGCCGCCCAGCGCCUGCCGCUCAUGCAGGGCGCCGGUGGCGCCGCCGUCGAUGCCACGCAGCGCCGUGCCGCCCGCGCGUGGCGCCGUAGCAUCCGCGAGCUGCCCGUGCUGCCGCUCUCGCCGCUGCUCCUCGGCGAUGUGCGCCACGCGCGCCGCGCCCACCUAGUCCUCUCCUUCCUCGCACACUUCUACCUGCACUCGCAGCCCGCACCCGCCGUCGGCGCACGCCCGGCGCCGCGCACGUGGCGCAGCUUCCUGAGCGCCGCACCGUCGCCCGCCGAUGCUGCCGACGCCGCCGACGCUGAUGCCGAGGCGCGCGGCGUGUACGCCGAGACAGUGCCGGCGCCGCUGGCCGUGCCGUGGGUGGCCGUGUCGCAGCACCUCGACCUGCCGCCGAUCCUCACGUACGCCACGACGGUGCUGUGGAACUGGUACCUCGUCGACGAGGCGCGCGGCCUCACGCCGGACAACAUGCGCAUCGCCACGACAUUCACCGGCACGCGCUCCGAGGAGCACUUCUACUUUGUCUCGCUGGCCAUCGAGCUGCGCGGCGUCGAGGCGCUCAAGCUGAUGCGCGUCAGCCUCGACGAGGCCUUCGUCGCCGACGCGCUGGCGCGCCGGCGCAUUGCCGCGUAUCUGCGCCGCAUUGCCGCCGUCGUCGACGAGCUGCGUGCGCUGCUGCGCAGCAUGAGCGCGCACUGCGACCCGGCCACGUUCUACUGGGGCAUCCGCCCCUGGUUCCGCGGCGCCGACGGCGGCGGCUGGCACUACGAGGGCGUCGAUGCGCCCGGCACGCACCGCCGCCUCACCGGCCCGAGCGCCGGCCAGUCGUCGCUCAUCCACGCGCUCGACGUCUUCCUCGACGUCGACCACUCGCAGACGAAGCCGCGCGUCAACCGCCCCGUGCCGCCGCUGCGCCGCCGCGGCCCGCCCGCCGCGCCCGCCGACGCUCACGACGAGGCCGAGGCCGGUGCGACCCAGAACGCCACGUUCAUGGAGCGCAUGCAGCUGUACAUGCCGGGCCACCACCGCGCCUUCCUCACACACCUGCGCAACCUCUCCUUCGACGACUCGCCCGACGGCCCGCCGGCGCCCGAGCCGACCGAGAGCGACGCCGCGUCGGCGUCAGGAACCUCGGACGACGACGAGGAUGCGCUGCCGCCGGCGCCGUCUCACCCCAUCCGCACGCUGGCGCUGGCCACGCCGCCGGCCGGCAAGCAGGACGGCCUGCGUGCGGCGUACGACGCCGCGCUCGUCUCGCUGCGCCAGCUGCGCGACGAGCACAUGCGCAUCGCCACGCUCUACAUCAUCUCGCAGGCCCGCCGCCCGCCGCCGGCGCAGUACGCCGUCCUGCCCGCCUCGUUCGCCGGUGCGCCCGCCGCGGCGCCGGCGCUCGAGACGCUUGCCACGCCGCCGCCGGCUGCCGGCGCGCCCAAGGGCACGGGCGGCACGGACCUCGUGAGCUUCCUCAAGGAGUGCCGCUCCAACACGCUCGACGCCAUGCUCGGCCCCGGCGACUCGCCGCAGCCGCUCUGAUGCCCCACACCCCACUGUACACUACUCAACGUCACACAAUGCCAGCACAUAGAUCAUGC